GGAACAAGAUACAAAGCUUCGGAAAUCUGCGCACUGAGCAGCAUACUCAAGCUACUCAAGCCAUUCUGGUUCUCUCCUUGCGGAAAAGUGCGAAGAAGCCACUGCAACGAGUGCCAUCUUCAGGCUGAGCCGCAACAACCGGGCCCAUGGAUGUUCCUGAGGUUGGAGAGCCUCCUCGCUUUCUCUUGUUGCUGCCACCGGUCCCAUCAUCAACAGAUGCCUCCGCGCUGAAAACGGCUUAUGCGGAUACCAUCAGUCAAGUGCUCAAAGAAGUCGCAGGUCACUCCGCCGAUCAUCCUAAAGCUUCAGUGUUAGAGAUUGCAUUGGCCUGUCCGCAUCUUGUCGGCGCACAGUACGCACCACGAUCUAGUCUAUAUGAUCAGACUCAAUCGCUGGUGGCAGGCGUUUACAAGCUCAUCACUGUGAUAGCUGCGCAGGAAAACGUCAACAUCGAAGAUGCUGAAGGCGUUGACCCCAGGGUGAUCUUGGUAGCAUGGUCUCCUGACGCAUCAAGUUCAGAACGCAUACGGGAACCUUAUGGACCUGUGAUUGAUCUCGAAACUCUAGCCAAAUCUGCUCGUCAAUGGCAGUAUGCCUUUGGCGUAGAGUCCGAGGCAGGCGAGAACAUGGUAAGGGCCUUUGUUCAGAUGAAAGGGGCCGAGAUCGAUGUCGAGCGCGUUCACAACGAUCCACCAGCUCAAACAGUAUCGGCCUCGGAGCAUGAUGUCAAGGCCACUGCGCCAGGGCAACCAAAACACCAGAAACACUACGAUGUCGCUGUUGGUGGCACGUGGGAUCAUCUUCACAUUGGCCACAAGCUGCUCAUAACAAUGACCAUGUUCGCGGUUGAUGUGAGAGAUGCCUCUGAACAGCGUUCGGCAACGAUUGGUAUUACUGGAGAUCAAUUACUGGUGAACAAGAAGCAUGCAAAUCUGGUGGAGAGCUGGGUAGAUCGUCAAAAGGCAGUCGCGACGUUCUUCAACGCGAUUGUCGAUUUCUCAACACCUGCCACCAGAGGCCAGCGGCACGCGAGCAUUCAAGAUGAUCCUGGGCCUAAUGGCAAAUCGAUCGACAUCCACUACCCCAGCGGCUUGAUUGUCAAAUGCACGGAAAUUCAAGAUCCCUUCGGCCCCACGAUUACGAAAGAGGAGAUAUCUGCCCUCGUGCUCAGUGCAGAGACGAGAUCGGGAGGGAAAGCUGUGAAUGACAAGCGGCGCGAACAGGGAUGGGCGGAACUUGAUAUUUUUGAGGUCGAUGUGCUCGACGCGGAUGAGGAUGGCGAAGGAGGUACUUCGAAGGAGGGAUUCGACAGCAAGAUUAGCAGCACGGCAAUUCGGGAGAAGUUGGCAAGAAAAGGCAAAAUGUAAUCUCGUAGCCCGUAUAAGUCGCAUGGUCGCUGGCCAGGCUGGCCAGGUUGAAUGCAUGCACAACUCUCGAGUGCGAACGACGCUCGGCAAUGCGGUGUAGAAGGCUGAAGUUAGUGGCCACUAGAUCUUGCGCCAUUGAUGCAUACGACCGGAGUUGCACAGCUGUAUCAGUGUGCCUACAUGUCAAGCGUGCAUGAACACCCAGUAGAG